ACACAACGGGGUAUUCGUAAGGGAGGUGCGAAAUCUCUGUACGACGUCGAGGACGGAUGUCACAACCACUUCAACAAGAGAAACUGUCGAAGCCUGCAAAUACGCCAAAACUCAACGACAGGAGACUCAGACUGAGCCAGGCGAGACCUUGGCCAAGAAUUUCAGGACGUAACUCAGUUCAUUUCACACCCUCAGGUUUGAAAGUCACCAGGAUUUUUGGUGUCAGCAGUGUAUUCCAAAUAGAACACUUUUCCGCGCUCUACGUACCGGUGUUCUACGUGGCCACCCACACCAAGGUUGCAACGUCUUAUCUAGCGCGACCUUCGCCGUUGGCGAAUUUGAGGCAAUCAUAACCAACGGUAUCGGCAGCGGACUCGAACAUCGCGGACGGCCGCAAUUGCUACCGACUGAGAUCACCAGAACGCAGUUCGCGUCGAUCGCAGGACAGUUGGGCGACAAAGCUGUGUCCCAAGAUGAGAUUCCCAUCGCAGCAGCCAACAAUCCAUUCACAUCCGGUGACCAAGAUGAAUGCCCUAAAUUGGGCAUCCACAGUAUUCAAUUUUUUGCUCGUCUCAAUUUGGCCCAAUCAUCGCGUUCCAUUAUCGACCCACCGCAAUGAGCCUGCCUCGGGCGCUGUACCGAGAGUUAGUGACCGCCGCGAAGCUCCUGGACAGCCAUGCGUCGCUACGAGCGCUAAUAUCGACGGAUCUGCGCGAAUCAUCGCUCGCUCCAGGCUCAAAGACGCGUUUGCCGCACGUAGAGGCCUUCAACCGCUCGCUACUGCGCUAUCUCGGUGGUCGUCACUUGUACCUCCCGGAUACUCAGCGCCCCACGCUGUUGCAGCUCGUGCGCGAGGAGUUCCGCAAGCCCGCAGGUGACGUUGAUGGCAUUGACACAGCGUUCGUGGCGCUUCGGGCGCUUAAUGACACGUUGGCAGAGGCUAAAGCUCUUGAAUUGCCCACCAAAAAGCCGCUCGAGACAUGGACGCUCGACGGCGUGCAAUUGGCAGAGAAUGCAGCGUCGGGUGUAUUUCUGCUCGCUCAUCCACUUCUGGAGGGGAUUUUCAGUCGUUCGGUGGUCAUUUUGACAGAGCACAGACCGGAAGGAUCCAAGGGAUUUAUCGUCAAUAAAAUAUCGGAGAAGCCACUCGGGCGCGCAUUCCAAGUACCGUCAAGAGUGACAAGAGCUUUCGCAACGAGCACAGUGCGGAAGGGAGGCCCAGUAUUUACGAGGAACGCAGAGGUUCUACAUGGCAGAGCGGACUUUGGAGGCCAGCGUGUACCCACCACCAACUUCCCGACGGCGAAUGACCCCAGUCUCUUUGUGGGCGUGGAUCUGGAUGCAGCAGCUAGAGCGAUUUACGAUGAGACUGCCAAGCAGACGGACGUGGUUUUUAUGAGUGGCGUGUCUGCUUGGUCUCCUGGUCAACUGGAUUCUGAGUUGCAACAAGGCUCGUGGGUUGCUGUGAAGGCUCCAGUGUCCCUUGCACUCAACGCUCGUGCAGAAUUGUGGCAGGAUCUGAUGCGAACACUGGGAGGCGAAUACGCAGAAAUGAGCUGCAUGCCUCUCAUGAAAGACGAAGAGUAAGUGAGUAUGAAGGUACCGUUUUGAACUCGAAUAAAGCUAGAAAGCAUCCUGCAUCCGAUCUAUUGAUACAAGGUGGGCAUUAACAGCUUAUUUGAGCUUCUUCCUUGCUACAAACAGGUAGAAGCGAGUGACAAACGAGUGCUGAGCGCUCGUCGGAGACAUCUCUAGACACUGCAGGAUCUCCCAUUCCAUACUGUCUUCACUAUCUGACGACACCCAGUCGAACAUGUUCACUCGGUUGCUGGGACUACCGAACGUCAGGAAGAAGAGCAACCCGUCGGGUUUCAAGAUACGCGCCAGCUGCUGCAUGCUGCUCCUGGCGUCACUCAGAUCAUCCGAUGAAUCUGGUGUCACGAGCUUCCAAUUGGUAUCAACCGCGUCCGUCUCACGCUUGAGUAGCAUCGCAUCCAGACACCCCUUGUCGAUCACACAGUCCACAGAGUUCGACUCCCAGUCCGUCAUCUGAGUCAGAUCUGCUUCUACAAAGCUAACGCCCCAGUUAUUCUCCGUUGAGCGAGUCUGCAUUUUCUGAAUCACAUUCGCUGCAUAGUCCACUGCCACCACAUCAGCGUAGCCAUCCAGUGCCAUUUCUGCUGGCAAUCGACUUGUGCCCGUACCAGCGAUCAAUACCCGCUGCGUCUUGGAGAUGUAUGAGCUUAAUAGCUCACGAAUGUGCGAGUACUCAC